GAACAUCUAACACGCGCACGCGACUGUAGCCUGCCAUGGACGCGCUCAGGACAUCACCCUCUUGGCCAGAUACACCCCGCCUCUUGGAUCCCUCGCGAGCUAUAGAGUUAGAGUACUCUUGGUAUAGUGCAAGUAUAAUGGCGAAUGGACUGAUCCGGUUCAAAGUAUACUAUCUCCCUCGAGGGAAGCACAUAUCUGAGUCAUCGGUUGCUCACAACCAAAAACUUCAGGAAGGAUUUUUCCAACACCCGGUGCUUGUCACUGAAGUUGACCAGUACUUUGUUCACUUCUACGCCCUGACUCGCAAUCCACCAAUAGCCAUCCGGGACCUGAAGAUGUGUUUGCAAAUCGGAGACACUACGAGAGACGAAGGGCCUAUGAUUCUGCGGCUCGGGGAAGGUUCUGAUAGUAUGAGGUUCUUGACCUGGGUAAACCUCGAGCAGCGAUUCUUUAUCGAACACAACGAGCUGCAAUCAUGGAACGCGGACGUCUUCAUUCCGACCGACCAGGAGUACAAGCUGUACGGCCGGAUCGACGAGCUCGAGAUGCUACAGAACCGCUUCAUCUACAAGCCACUGAUUCGCGACAUGAACUUCGUCCGACCCGGAACCGUUGUGAUGCGGCCAAACAACGACCACCCAUCCACGACGUUCGGCUCUCCUAUCGUUGUCGUGGAUCUGAAGCAGAAUGCCACAGGCACACUUGUGAGGUACUUCCGGAUCAAGGAGAUCAAAUCCGGCAGAGGCAGCAGUCCACUCCAUAUCCCGAUCGCCAGACAUCCAAAUGAACCUGCCAUGCAUCACGGUCGACCAGUCAUGUUUCUCGAACCCGGCAGCCCGACCACACGUACGCCCUCGUUCGUCGACCUCCUCAAGUCUCCCCAGUGGAUGGGCCUGCAAAUCUGUCAAACUUGGUGCUAUCCCCCAAUCCAGAUCACACAGCAGUCGAUGGUCCAAAUGUUCCAAGUAUACGUGAGGUCGUGGCCACGGGACGUCAAUCGUAACCCGUCUCUACUGCCGCGUUGGUGGCAGCACGCUUCGUAUUCGCCUCAGUAUAUCUGGCCUCCGAUGUACCUUUCUCCAGCAUCAUUAUUUCCACAUCCUCAGGCCGGCAUGCUGCAGAGGUGGAUCGACGGAUCUUAUACUGGUCGCAUGACUGGAUAUGCAGCGGGAUUGUCGUCGAGCAGUGGAUCCUCCAACCAACCGACCAACAACGCUGCCUUUACAUCAGUCUUCGCAGGUAACCGCGCCCAUUACGAUAGCCAGUCUAGCAACAGACAAUCUUCUGCGCUUAGUCGAGAGUACCUGAUUGAAGGCUCAAACGGGGACAAUAGCUCUCCACACAGCAGUGUCCACGGGUUCAUCAUCGGUGAUGUGCCUGAGGAUGGACCUGCAUCAGUGCCAGACAGUGAGCGCUCGGGACAGCCUGAUUUUAGUCCAUCGGAUUCCCAAAUGGCGUUGUGGAGGUUCUGAUUCGGGAGUGAAUUCAAGGGUACUGUUUGGCACGAAGGGAAGGCAUUUUCGUCGGACUGUUUGCAUCUUUUUCAUUCAUACGAUACACAUACAGACUUCACUUUAGAGGCUUUUUAGAAGUUGAGGAUAUGCAUUGUCGUAGAUUUGGAAGCUAGUGGGGGAUUUUUCUACGUGUUGAGUCAACACUAAGCAUCGACAUGUUGUAUGGCGUCAAAGCUGCUCAUUUCGCCAAAUUUCGAAGUUCACUUCAUGCAUAUGAAAGGCAUUUGGAAGCUAGUGUCAUAG